AUGGCCGAGAAUCUGAGUCCAGAGCAGAUGGAAGAGUAUAAGGCAGCCUUCACGCAGUUUGACACGGAUGGAGAUGGCAAAAUCAACCUCCAGGAGCUGGGCCAGGUGAUGAAGUCUCUGGGUAAAGAAGUUUCUGAGGAAGAAUUGAAAAUGAUCAUGAAAAUGGUGGACACCGACGGUGACGGUUCCAUCAGCUUCCAGGAGUUCCUGGCAGCGUUGUCCAAGGCGAGGAAGGGUUCCAGCAGCGAGGAAGAGAUGCAGGCGGCCUUCCGCGUUUUUGACGUGAAUGGUGACGGUCACAUCACCGUGGCUGAGCUCAAGCAGGCGAUGGGCAACCUGGGUGUGGAGCUUUCCGAUGAGGAGUUGGACCAGAUGAUCCGCGAGGCCGACACAGAUAAGGAUGGGCAGGUGAACUACCAGGAGUUUGCGCGCAUCCUCACUAGCAAGUGA